GGCGUUGUUGCUGCGGGGCGGUGCUGGCAGCGCGCUCGGAGAGUCUCCUUGGGACCGUCCCCGGGCCGGGCCGAGAUGGGCGGCGGCGGCAGCACCCGGCGGGUCACCUUCGAGGCGGACGAGAAUGAGAAUAUCACCGUGGUCAAGGGCGUCAGGCUCUCCGACAGCCUCAUCGAUCGGAUGAAGGAACCCUCCUCACCCUCUGGGAGAUCCCCCCGCUCCUCAGGUGCAGUUAGUAAUGAAGAGCUGAAGAAAAGAAUAGCUGAAGAACUGGCCUUGGAACGAGCCAGGAGAGACUCUGAAGCUCAAAAGAGGAGAUUGAAACAAGAGCAGAUGUUCGUUCGGGAUGAGUUUGGGAAGCUCCUGGAGCGAGAGAGGAUCUCCUCAAACGAGCACCUGACCCGAGCCAUCCUUCGGGAGCGAGCGGCCACCGAGGAGGAGCGGCAGAAGGCCCAGCGCUUUGAUAUAGAAGUAAAGGCCAGGCAGCUGGAAGAGAAGGACAGGGAGCUGAAGAAACACGAUGCCUACUACAAAGAGCAGCUGGCUCGGCUCGAGGAGAGGAGUGCCCAGUUCUACAAAGUCACCACAGAGCAAUACCAAAAAGCUGCUGAUGAAGUGUCAGCUCGGUUCAAGAGAUACGAGUCUCACCCCGUCUGCGCUGACCUGCAGGAUAAAAUCCUCCAGUGUUACCGACAACACGCUCGGGAGACCCUGAGCUGCUCUGCCCUGGCCAACCAGUACCUGCGCUGUGUCAACCACGCCAAACAGCAGAGCAUGCUCGGGAGAGGAGGAUAAAGGCACUGUCCAAACCAAGCACAAGACCAUCAACUAAUUUCAGCAGAAGAGCUUCUUUUUUUUUUUUUUUUUUCGCCCCAAGAAUGAUAUGACAGCCCAUUUGCAGGGCACACCAGUAAAGGGAAGAACUGGAAGAGCCAUUUGAAGAGCAGGAGCCAUCAGGGCUCAAUCAACGUGACCAUUUGAAAAGCCAAGACCUGGAUCUUAUUACGUCCGAAAUCGCGCGUCCGAAGAUGCUGUUCCCUCUUAGCAAAGCCCACUUAUUGGUGAUUGAAGGAAGGGAGAAGAAAAGAACCUUUCACUGACAUUAGAAAGGGGAAAUAUCCUUCAAAUGCUGCUGUUUCAUUGUGGAAUCUCCUCAAACACGUCUCGCUGGCAAGGGCACAGGGGUUUGUAACUCUUGGAGCACCGGGACGUGGCGGUUCUCUGCGAGCGACUCGGGGCUUUCCUUGCAGUGUGUGAUUGUCAAUUGUGCUUUAAAUUAUUUCACAAAUUAUGUAACUUAAUGAAGCCUCUCUCUCCAGGCCUUCUGCUGGAAUGGUGUUAAUGAUCCAGCGCUUCAGGUGUGACAAUGGCCUUUAUUUACGGGAGGUGGUUCUGUCGUGCUCCUCACUCGUAUCAAGAGCUGACAGACAUGCCUCGCUCUGUACCAACAAUAAAUCUAUUUUAUGCACAAGA